AUGGUGAUCACUCGCAGUCAGUCCCUGAGGGUCCCCCGGCUGUCCUAUGGCAAACUCCAGGAGAUCUGGGGGGAGCCCUCAGAAUGCAAGGGGCUAGUCCCCAAAGGGCGCCAGAAGGCCCCCAGAUUCCAGAGGGCCCUAAGCUUCCGGCACUGCAGAGAGAAGCCACACUCUCGGUGCCUGGAAACCAGCUCUGGCCUCCCUGCUGGGCUGGAUCCCCCUCCUCAUGAAAUCCCCACUGAGGGCCUGGCAGACACAGAACAGCUGGUGCAAGGCAAGAAUCAGGGGAAACCGAGAAUACAACAGUACAAGAAGCAGGUGGAUCACGCCCUGAGAAGAAUAUGGGGGAACUUUGUGGCCAGCCUCCCAGGGGUGACCCUCAGCUGCUCGACGUGCCCUCGUCCCCCACUGGAUGCUGCCAGCUGAAGAAGGUCAGAUGUUGGGAAGACACUUCCCCCCCACUCCCGGGCUACUCUGAGGCCCGUGAUGACCGGCCCUUUUGUUGAGACUGUCCCAGACUCCUCUUAACGGGCUGCUGCAGCUUCUUCUUGCUGGCCGGCUCCGUUCUGUUCGUGGCACUUUAUGAACAAAAUCAUAAACUAUGAUUGACAGACACUUCCCUUCCUCAGCCUGAACCUAUCUCUUCACGUGGCUUAGCCAGGUUCUCUGCUGCUUUUCUAGGCUGUUUGCAGACCCUGCGUUCCCUCCUGGUCCUCCUUGUCUGCUGCUGGCUUCCUUCCUGAGACUCUGAAGUCAGAGGGCCCAGUUCCCU